AUGCUCGAAUUCUACAAGAAACAUAGGCUUCGGCUUCUUAAAGGGUCAUAUUUGCUUUUACUAGUGAUUACAGUCAAGAGUUUGGCUACGGGCAAGGAUAAGAACAAUAGAGUGGAGAAAAAGGAACAUGGUAAAGAUUCCCGCCGGAAAGUUAGAAGGCAUACCGUCUCUAGGAAACUCUCUCAUAUGUCGUUAAAUCAGCUUUCUUCUCGUGUCACUACAGAAGCGGAUAGUGUUGCCGAUGACGGUUCUAGUUCGAGCGAUAAUGACGAGUCCUCUUCGAACGAUGAAGGUUUUGAUUUGAAUGAGAACCUCAUCAGGCAUAAGAAGAUUAGCCAUAUUUCCGGAAACGAUUUGAAGAAACAGGGCAAGAAAGGUCACAAUUUCUUGAUUCGUUUGAUUUUAACAGAUAGGAAAUGUCUUUUCAUCUUCCUUAUCCAAACGAUACUUCUCAUCAUUAGAACUGUACUCUCCUUGAAAGUGGCCAAAUUAGAUGGUAUUCUCGUUUCGAAAUUGGUAAAAUCUGAGUAUAGUAACUUUAUCAAAGUCUUGUUGGGACAAUGGAUGACUUUGGGUAUCCCAGCAAGUAUCGUCAAUUCGUUGUUGAGAUACAUGACUAGAAUUAGUGCCAUUGCCAUUAAUAGGAAAGUUUCGGACUUUUUAUUGGAUAAAUAUAUGGCUUCACAUCAGAUAUUCUAUUCCAUUAAUAACCAGCCAGCUACGCACUCACUUACUUUAUCACAGAAAUCGGAAGAGAAGAGUGAGCUGGAUAGUGAUAAACCGGAGGAUACGGAUCUGUCUGAUUCACCGGUUCAAUACUUAACUAGAGACGUUGGUGCAAUCUCAUACAAUUCGUCGGUUUUGUUAAAUCAAUUGUUGAAACCAACGUUGGAUUUAAUACUUUGUUCUUUUACUCUCUUAUCUAAUGCCAAUAGCACAUUCAUGGGUGAAGGAACUUUGGCCUUGGGUAUUAUUGUACAUUUGAGUAAUAUGGGGUUGAAACUAAUACAACCUAACUUUACCAAGAUGCAAAUGAAGAAGACGCAAUUAGAAGGUUUAUUCAGAUCAUUACAUUCGAAGAUUCAUUCAAGUAGCGAAGAAAUCGCUUUGUUGAAAGGUCAGACUACUGAAUUAUGGAACUUGGAUUAUGCAUUCUACCGCCUAUACUCUUAUCUAUCGCACGAAAUUAGAUCAAGGGCUCUAUACGAUUUUGCAACUACUUUCGUCAUCAAAUACACAUGGGGAGCUGCAGGGCUCUUGCUAUGUUCCAUUCCAAUUUUCCUUCAAGAUACAGUUUCCAAGGAUAAGACAGCGGAGUUUAUUACUAACAGAAGAUUACUAUUAACUGCUUCUUCCUCUAUCGGUAGAUUCGUUCAAUUAAGAAGAAAUAUACAACAAUUGCAGGGGGUGUCAUUAAGAUUAAACAAAUUCAAUGACGAGUUGGAUAAUAUUAUUAAUGCACCGAAGGAAAGAGAUGAUACUGUUCCUGUAGAAUAUGAUGACAAUGUAAUCGAAUUUCAAAAUGUGCCAUUGAUCACUCCUACAGGGCAAGUGUUGAUCUCAGAGUUGACCUUCAAAUUGGAAAGAUUCAACCACUUAUUGAUCAUUGGACCAAAUGGAUGUGGUAAAUCAUCGUUAUUUAGAGUCUUGGGCGGAUUAUGGCCAAUUUCAAAGUCGUUGAACCCUUGUCUUCAAACGAAGCUCAUCAUGCCGCCAAGAAGAAAUGACAAUAAUGAAAGUACGGUUUAUUAUCUACCGCAAAGGCCUUAUAUGAGUAAUAAGAGUACUUUCCGUGAACAACUCAUCUAUCCUGACACUUUAGAAGAUUUCAUAAAGAAGUUUGAUGGCUCUAUGGGAGCAGGUGAUCAAGCUUUAUUGGGUAUCUUGCAUGUUUUAGAAUUGGACGACUUGAUCAAUGAAAACCUAUCCAUAGUCAUGGCAAAGGCUAACAAGAAAGAAUGCUCUGUUGAAGAUUCCUUCCAAUUGGUACGCCCUUGGUCUGAAGAGCUAACGAUGGGUAUUCAACAAAGGCUUGCAAUGGCUCGUAUGUAUUAUCACAAACCUAUUUUUGCUGUCUUGGAUGAAUGUACAAGUGCUGUUUCUCCUGAAAUGGAACAAAAAAUGUACAAACAUGCUCAAGAUUUGGGAAUCACUGUACUUUCAGUUUGUCAUAGAACAACAUUAUGGCAUUUCCAUACCCAUCUUUUGAGCUUUGAUGGUAAGGGGAACUAUAAGUUUGGUAAAUUCAAUCCUAACCAACGACUAGAAGAUGAGGAGAAAUUAAUGAAACUAAACAAGCUGCUUGAACAAGAUGUUCCGAUCAUGCAGAAGCGGUUAGAUGAAUUAAAUAUUGCCAAAAGGUCUAAUUUGUUGAAAAGCUCUCAGUCAAAUUUGGCACUUAAGAAUCAAGCAGCCAUUCAAGUAUAA